AUGGCAAAGCACAUGGAGAAUCUACAGAGAGUGAAGGCCAAAGUGGGGAAGGACAAACAGGUCACCAAAGCAGAGAUUGAUGACCCUAGCGCAAGCAUGGAGUUCCCCAAAAAUCCAAGAGGAGGCCACCAGGGACUCCCUCAACUAGCCACCAAUGCAGCCAUGGGUGCAGCCAUCAAUCUGAACUCAGAUGCUCAUGUUUGCAGGCUGGCAGAUAACUUGUCUGAAGCCAAAGCCAGGCUGGCUGAGAUAGAGAAGAGCCAAGCAGAAAUUAAUGCCAUUAGGACUCAGCUCCAAGCUGGAAACAGCAAGCUGAGCUGGGAGCACAAGGAAGCUCAGAGCAGGCUUAACCAGACCGUCCACACAAAGACUUCUCUCACGUCUGAAGUGGAUGACUUUGAGAGGCAGCUGGAUGAAGAGUCAAAGGUACUGGGGACAACCGACUACCUACAGAAGUUGCUGCUAUCAGGGGAGAUGCACUACCAGCUGCUUUACACACUGCUCGCUUUAGAGAGAAAGUUGGCUGCAAGGCUCCAAGAAGCAGAGGAGACAGCCGAAUCGGCCCGAGCCUGGGUAGCCAGCACAGAGAAAACUAAGUAGAAGCUUCAGACAGAAGUGGGGGACCUCACUCUUGACCUGGAAAAGGCCAACGGUGUUUGUGCUGCCCCGGACAAGAAGCCGAGAGCCUUUGAUCAGAUGCUGGCAGAAUAGCAACAAAAAUGGGGAGAGCUGCAGGUGGAAGUGGAUAGUUCCCAGAAGGAAUGCCUCACGUAUAUAACUGAAAAUUUCAAGCUUAAGACUGCCUAUGAAGAAGCCUUGGAGCACCUGGAAUCUGUUGAGAAAGAGAGGAAGACCCUUCAGGGGGAAAUUAAGGAUCUAAUCGACUAGCUGGGAGAGGGAGAGAAGAGUAUCGAGCUGCAGAAGAUAAAGAAGAAACUGGAGCUUGAGAAGGAUGAACUGCAGGCGGCACUGGAGGAAGCAGAGUCUUCCCUGGAGGUGCCAAUGUUACAGAUGUGACAGCUGCACACAGGCCUGCUGCCCACAUGCUGGCACAUGGAUUCUUUACCUAUAACCCCACAGAGGGCAUUUUUUCCUCCACCUGCUGUACAUUCCCUUGCAGGUUGAGGAAAGCAAACUGAUUCACACUCAGAACUGGCUCAGGUUAAAACUGAUAUUGACAGAAGAAUCCAUGAGAAGGAAGAAGAAUUUGAAGCAACCAGGUACACUGAUGGUAUGACAUGAAGUCAUAGGCUAAGACCAAAGCAAGGAAGUUCAAGUUAGAUAUUAGGAAAGUUUUCUAAUCAUAAGGAGUGUUACUCCUUGGAACAGAUUGUAUGGGGCUCAUGGAGUCUCCAUUAUUGAAAAUUAAGUGCAGUCUGGUCACACAUUUAGUGGGACGGGUUUAGCAAGAGAUGAUCAAGACUUCAGACAGUAGGAUUUUUAAGACUACCUCCUGAGAGCUCCCUCCAGCCUACGUGCUAAAUAAAGGUGUUCAAGAACAGCAUAGUGCAAAGUCUUGAUACCCCAUUUUUAAGCAGGUUUCAAAGUUACUGUGUUUUUAUUAUUUGGUAGGCAACAAUUUGAUAUAAAGGCUGGAUCAGACUCAGCAUAACAGAAUGCUGCAACAUAUGCUUCACUGGACUCUGCAGAAAGAAUCACCAGUGUGCAAUUGAGUCUCUGCAGGUGAGUCUGGAGACUGAAGCGAAGGGGCAUGCUGAAGCUCUCAGGCUCAAGAGGAUGGAAACUGAGCUGAACAAAAUGAAAAUCUAAAUGGAUCAGGCCAACAGGAACAACAGUGAGCUUGUUAAGACACUGAAAAAAACUGUAACAGCAGAUCAAGUUAAACUGGAAAGAGUGGAAGCAGGUCCCUAAAUGGAAAAGCAUAUGAGUUCUAUUGUACAGCUUAAGCAACAAAGCACUAGACUGUAUACUCUUGCUUGGAGAGACACCUUGAAUACAAACUCUGAAUUUGUUCAAAAGCCCUAGUUCUCCCACUUACACCAAUUUAAAUUUGCAGUAGUUCUAACAAACCUUACAGACAAGCACUACUAUCAGCUUUUGCCAAACUAAAUAUCCAAAGAACUACACACAUGCAGUUAAAUUAACAGAAGUUUGCUUUUAAGAGAAAUUUUCCUGCUACACUUGCUGACUGAAUGGUGCAGUGAUGAAAUGCACUAGAAACUAACCAAGAACUAAAACUAACCAGCUUCCUUCACCUCUUCAAAUCAAAAAUAAAAUUGUAUAAGUAAAUAACUAAAAGUCUAAUAUCACUGUGUUCCAACAAAGAGACAACUACUACCAAGAAUCUAAUUUUAGUAACUGAAAGGGGCGGGGGGAGAGACAGAGAGACUUACUGUCUGUGCCUCUCUCUCUAUAUACAGACACACUCAAACCUUGGUUGCACCAGUUUCAUUCAAGAAUAAUUCUCUUAAAGUCACUAUAGUUACAGUGAUGUAAAACAGGUAUACGUGAUCCUAGGAUCAAGCACUGUUUUUGGGUUGUUUCUUUUGUUUUUUUAAAUCUGACAUCCCCUUAGAGAAAGCUUUGCAGAGACAUCCUACAUCUUUCAGCUUCCUCUCAAUUCAUUAUUUAUGUUGAUCUUUCUUUCAAGACCUUCAGGUACAAACGGAUGAGGCUGCUCACCAGCACAAGGAGCUGCGGGAGCACAACCACCUGCAGGAACCCCGCUUCAGCCUGCUGCAGACAGAACUGGAAGGAGCGCACACUGGCCUGGAGGGCAGCGAGCACUUUUGCAAACUACUGAAUCAAGAGCUGGUAGAAGUCACAGAGAAGAAUAAUGACCUCAAAGACCAGCAACAACAAAAAAGUCCUCUAACAACAGCAACAACGAAAGUCCUCCAACGAUUCAUAUCGGCUUCUCACAUGGCAGAACUGUGUCAGGAGCUGGAUCACAGCAUACACCUGGAAAGGAUCAAGAAGAAUUAUGAAAUCACACAAGACCUGAAAGUAAAGAUGGAAGAGGCUGAGUAGUUAGUCCUGAAAGGA